AUGGGGAUCGAUGUGCCGGACUACGAAGUGAUGGAGCAGGAAAUAGCGAGUUUUUGGAACUUUCUGAACAUGUGCGAAGAUCCAGAACUCCAGAUGCACAGAUUCUGCACAGCUGUUAUUGAGCAGUUGGAAGGCCAGUGGCUCUGCAUGGUGCGCCGCAACGACAUGCCCGACCACGUCAGAGAAUUUUUUGCCGUGACGGGCUUCCCCCAAGCUGUAGGAGCCCUCGAUGGAUGUCAUUUCCCUGUGUCGCCACCGAAGGAGCACGCAACCGACUACUACAACUACAAAGGGUGGUACAGCAUUAUACUGCUGGCGUUAGUGGACCACAGGUAUCGGUUCAGGUAUAUCCGGGUUGGAAGCCCGGGGAGGUGCCAUGACGCAAGUGUGUAUGCAGACUCGGAACUCAAAAACCUUGUUGAGAGUGCUCACUUCAAGACUCCUCACGCAAUCAUUGAGGGCACUAGUGUUGCACCCGUCAUAUUGUGCGAUCAGGCAUUUCCUUUGACGCAGAACCUGAUGAAGCCUUAUGCAAAUCCUCAAGAUGGAACACCACAACAAGUAUUUAACUACAAUCUCUCAAGAACAAGAAGAAUAGUAGAGAAUGCGUUUGGAAGAAUGAAAGCUCGUUUCCGGUUUGUUGCAAAAAGAACAGAAUGCCGCCUGCCUAACUCAAGAAAAGCAAUCAGGGCUUGUUGCAUUUUGCACAACAUCUGCGAGGAGUUUCGGGACAAUGUCGAGCAGCCAUGGGAGCAGGAAGCACAACAACUGGCCGCUCUCUAUGUACAGCCUUUUCACAACACACAAGCUCACACAGAAGUGGGUGAAGAAACAAGGACUGCAUUCGCAAAAUACUUUUCAAAGCGAGCUCCUCAUUCCUUGGGAGCUAGUUCAGAUGUUUGAAAUGUAAACAUGCAUUUAGAUGUUUGCCAUAGCUAGUGUUGUUGUGCACAAU